AUGAGAAUUCAUGUAGUUGGUAUUCCUUUAGUAGAAAACUCAUUUGUGAAAACGCUUUAUCGACGACCUCUCUCUUGUGUCUCCUCGGAAGUAUCAGCUGAUGCUCGCGAGUCAGAAGGUUUCGCGCCGAUUUUGUCGUUUGAUCUUCGAGUUGCAAUCUUUCUUCUUCGUUUGACAUCGUCCCUGAAGCCGUGCAGUUCUUUUCGUGUCCGUUAUCCGACGAUUUUACUACAGUACAGUCUGCCAAAUUCUAAUUUAAGAACCUUAAUGCUGAUCCUGUCUGAGCGUGAUCUCAGUAUAGUUUCAUUGCACAGUAAUAAAUCCAAUUGAAAUGCUUAUAUGAUGAAGAUUUUCGAAGAAAACGAAAAGCAACAUCUUCAUCCUCCUUCACUAAGUGAAGACCACAAAUAAAACAUCAGCACACCUACAUUUGCACAACACGACG